AUGGCCUCCUUCAAGGAAUUGUCCCUCUCUCGCCCUCUUCCUCAAUCCAACUCCCGUCACCACUCCCAUUCCAUCUCGCUCGGUGCGGUCAACGCCAACCAUCGGGUGACUCGUCGCAAGAGUGUCACCACUGCCGCUGCUGCUAAUGCGGCCGCUGCUGCGGUCGCUGCAUCCUUGAAAGAGUCGGGCGAUUCCAUGGGAAUUCCGAUGCCCGCACACCGCCGUGGGAGUCGGAAAGGCUGGGAGUCCAGCUCGGUCGGAGCCCCCUCCGGCUUCGGCUCUUAUCUGUCUCGCAGCAUGAACAGCCCCAGCCAGGAGCCCCCGGUCGCUCGCAAAACCUCCCCUUCCCAGACGACCCCCAUCGUACCCCCCGCAACGAUCUCCGAAAACACCGUCCCAGAUUCCUCGGAUCCCAGUAACCCAGCGGCCAAGCCAGUCACCACCAAGAACCGCAACCGCCGGGCCAGCGAAGGUGCCCACCUGGUCAAACCCGAGGGAAAGCGAUCCAUGGCCGAGCUUCGCUGCGAGCGUUGCGGGAAAGGGUAUAAGCAUGGCAGCUGCUUGUCCAAGCAUAUGUGGGAACAUGACCCUGCGUGGGCCAUCACUUCGAAACUUUUGAUCUCCAAGCACCAACAGGUGCAAUUGCUGGAAGCCGCCUCUGUGCUGGUUACCAUGACUCAGGAUCCCGAUGAGAACGCAGAGGCCGACUCGGAGAUCUCAUCCUCCUCACCGGACGCUUCGUCGGAGCUGCGGGAGGGUCUCAGUUCCGCGGAGACGACCCCGCCCCCAAUGGACGAGGACGAUGAUGACGAUGAGGACAUGGCCAUGGAACCCACGGCUGACAAGCGCUUCAGCGUCAGCAAUGCCUCAGGUCUCUUCUCUCACUCAUAUCAGUCCGGCCCCUCAAGCUCGUUUACGAGCAGCGCUCCCUGGGCAUCCCCAGCAUUUUCUCACAUGCGGCACUCGAGCAUUGACACUCGCCCCUCCACUGCGGAAGCCAAGUUGCACGAGGACGACGAGGCUGACCUGGCAGCCGCCAUCGGCCUCUGCAAUUUCGGCACCCCUCGCAUGGGACCAGUGCCGCUGUCUCCUAGCGUGCCUCCAGUGCCUUCCCUCCCGACUCGAUUCCUCGACCAACGAAGUCCCUCGGACAGCCAAAGCCACAGCUUAGACCAGUCCAACGCAGGCCUUGCCAACUCCGCCUUCUCAAACACCACUUCCAACCUCUUUCUCUCCCUAUCUUAUAAUCCUUCGCUGUCUUACAAGGUCUCCGAUGAGCGCGAAGUCCGAACGGGUGGUGCUGCAACCGACCGUGCCAAGCGACAAACCCGCAACGCCGACGUCGAUUUCAGCAGUCGGCCAGCCCAGGCAGACGACGAUGACGAUGGCAUUUUCGGCCGCAUGGAAGAAUAG